AUGUCAAAAGCUUACCGCACCUUCUUGGACACAAUACAGCACAACUGCAAUAUACCGUACGAUAUUUUUGAUGGUGAAGAGAAGGUGAGAAUUUUGCACCCUUCAGGGUUUCAAGGGGAGACAGAAAUAAUAAAGUUUUUCGAUUCUUGGUUUAAGGAAAAUGAGAUAUUGAGUUCAUGUAUAAUGGAGAACAGUAAAAUCCGGUUGUCUGAGAUUGCAUCCUUGGAGCUAGUUAUGUCUGCUGACGAAUUUGUGGAGAUGAAAAGUCAAUUUCCACCCGUGGACGGCUACUUACAACCCAGAGAGUUGAGAAUACAUUUGAAUUUGGUUCAAAACAGUGUAGGAAAGGCUGUUGACACAAAAUACCCAAGCGAUUUCCCCAUCGGAUGGGUAACCGACUUAUUCGUUCCAAAGAAGGUUCAGCUAUUCAGUUUGCAUUACUAUUCUUCCAAUACCACAGCUGGUAAUCUUGGUGCUUUGCUCCAAAAAAUGCUUUCCCUUUUAGAAAUCGAUCUUAGCUCUUGA